UUUAAGGUGCCACCAGACUCUUUGUUGUUUUUGUAGAUACAGACUAACACCCCCUGAUACUGGGGGCUGAUGGGGCAUUGUGCUAAACGAAUCGUAACGAAUAACGAAGUGAUCCCACUGGCCGAGUUCGAAACGUCCUGAGUUCUGGGGGCUCUGCCUCUUCCCGGGGACCUGCGAAUGUUUUUUAAACUGGUUUGUUGUGGCCUCUGCGUCUUUAUGAUGCACAAAGGAGAUUUGUACGUUAUUGUUCUGCUUGUUUUUCUGUUGGAACGAGGGGCUGGUCUCCCUGGGGGUCUCUGGCUGACCGGAGAGCGCCCAGACUGACUGCCCGAGUGGGGAGCGCUGAGCCUUGGGGUGAGCGUAGGGUAAUAAACCAGACCGACCUGCUAGAUCGGGAUUAGAGGUGCCCUGCGAGCGAAGCCCUGCUAAGAAGGGGGCAGUGGCUAUUUAAAACACGGUGGAGUCUGUUUUGUGGUGCCGGCACCUGUUUAACUCCAAUGCCCAAGGAAGACUUGCGAGAAAAGCUCUCUGAGCUAAAGUUUGGCUCAGUGCCACCUGCCCUCCCAGGAGAGGCUGAGAAGCUCAUGCCACGUUUCUCAGUCCACCCAAAGAUCAGGGAAGAGGAGACUUGAUAUUCCUGAUGUAGCUGUAAGGUAAAAAACAAGCAGACCCCUGCCCCCUUCCUGUUCUGUUCUAGUCUCUCUGCCCUUUAUGCAUCAUGAGAAAGGGCAGAAGUCCAAUUUUUUCCGCUUUGCAGAUUUGCACCUUUAAGUUUAGCCCGAGUGAGCCUGCUGCGAACUCUCUCCCCUGGGAUCUCUCCCUCCCCUGCAGCUGCAUGUUCUCAUCAAGACACCGGCCGGGCGGGUCUGCGUGCCGGCCGGGCGGGUCUGCGUGCCGGCCGGGUAGAUCAGGAGCUACUCUCAGCCAGGCACAGACCAGGGCUGGACGCGGUAAUUGGCAGUAUUACGGUGACGCUCUAAUGGCCCUAGAUCAGGGUCCCAUUUUGGUGGGCUCUGGAUAUACCCAGAGUCAGAGAUAGCCCCGCCCCCAGGUGCUUAUAGGCAAAUCUAAAUAACCCAGACAAAGGUAGGGAGGAGGUAAGAGUUAACCUCCCAUUUGGCCACUGGAGAUACUAAGUGACACACCCAGGGUCACACGGGGAGUCUGUGGCAGAACCAGGCACUGCCUGAGGUCCCCUGAGCGCCAGCCCACCCCGUGCCCACCAGGCCAGCCUUCCUGAGCAGUUGCCCCACCCCUCAUAGGACAAGCUUAGGACACCCCCAGGCUUGAAGCCACAUGGGGCUGGUUCGCAGAAGAUCAGAGAUAGAACCUAUCUCGGGGAAGGUAAAGGGAGGUGACUCAACCGGCCGUGGGGCCCUAGGCUGUGGGGUGAGUGGGGCAGCUUGGAGGACGUGACCAUGUACGGUGCCCACAGACUCCCCUCCCGCCUGCCCCCAUUGAGGAUGGUGGAUAAAGAUGCCACUGAAUCCGUAGGUCCCGAAUGGGGACUCUUCUUGUGUUUCAGGCCCUGGUGUCGUUCGAGGACGUGGCGGUCUAUUUCUCCCCGGAGGAGUGGGCGGCGUUAGCCGAAUGGCAGCGGGAGCUGUACCGGGACGUGAUGAUGGAGAAUUACGAGCUCAUUGCCUCGCUGGGUUCUGCAGGCCCCAAACCGGAAAUGAUCUGUAAAAUGGAGCGAGGGGAAGAGCCACACGCCACCGCUCCCCAGGGCGAGAGGGACAGAGGAAUCCUGGACGCCCCCAGCACAGCUGGCUGGGGAAGGUGUGUCAAGGAGGAGCUGUCUGUGGAGGGCUACAACGACCAGUGGGUGCCACACACGUCGCUGGCCGGGGGAGCCGAGGGGUUUGUGCUGGAAUAUCCUGCCCUGUGGUGCGAGGUGAAGCAGAGGGACCUGGCGGGAGACGCCCCCCAGCAAUCCCCGGAGUGGGAGGGGAGGGACGGUGCGUUCCUGGGCGGCACACUGGCCAUGAUCCACCCGGGGAGCGAGGGCCCCCUCAUCUGCUGCGAGUGCGGGAAGAGCUUUGAUGACGAGGCCUCACUGAGCGCCCACCAGCGCCUGCACCCGGGCGCCGGGCCCCACGAGUGCCGGGCCUGCGGGAAGAGCUUCCGUCACCGCCGCAACCUCUUGACCCACAAGAAGCGGCGGGGGAAGAGCCGGCACGCCUGCACCGAGUGCGGGAAAAGCUUCUGCCUCAAGGGCGACCUGCUGCGGCACCGGGCGGGGCACGCGGGCGAGGGCGGGCACGCCUGCAGCCUGUGCGGGGAGAGUUUCCGCCACAAGAGGAACCUGCUGGCCCACAGGAAGGAGCACGUCGGGGACACGCCCCACCGGUGCCCCGAGUGCGGGCAGAGCUUCGGCGACCCGGCCAGCCUGGCCCAGCACGAGGCGGCGCACCGCGAGGAGAGGCCCUUCGUCUGCGCCCGCUGCGACCGCAGCUUCAGCUGGAAGGAGAGCCUGAUGAUCCACCAGCGCAGCCACCCGCAGGAGCGCUCCCACAAGUGCGCCGACUGCGGCCGCAGCUUCAGCCGCAACGGGAACCUCCUCAUGCACCAGCGGGUGCACACCGGGGAGCGGCCCUACGCCUGCCCCGAGUGCGACCGCACCUUCUGCAACAAGGCCAACCUCAUGGCCCACCGGAAGCUGCACCGGCGCUUCAAGCCCUACGCCUGCACCCAGUGCGGGAGGAGCUUCAGCUUCAAGACCAAGCUGCUCCUCCAUCAGCGAGCCCACGCUGCCGAGCGGCCGUUCACGUGCACAGAGUGCGGGAAGAGCUUCCAGCACCGGGGAAACCUCAUCACUCACCUGCGGGUGCACACGGGCGAGAAGCCCUUCACCUGCACCGAGUGCGGCAAGAGCUUCAGCCAGAAGGGCGACCUGAUGCGACACCAGCGCAUUCACACGGGCGAGAAGCCCUUCGAAUGCAACGUGUGCGGGAAGAGCUUCUGCUCCAAGCAGACCUUCAUCCUGCACCAGCGCAUCCACACCGGCGAGAAGCCCUUCUCCUGCACCGAGUGCGGCAAGUGCUUCAACCGCAAGGCCAACUUCAUCACCCACCAGAAGAUCCACCGCGGGGAGCGCCCCUUCGUCUGCGCCGAGUGCGGCAAGGGCUUCUGCGCCAAGAAGACCUUUAUCCUGCACCAGAAGAUCCACAUCGGGGACCGGCCCUUCGGCUGCUCCGAGUGCGGCAAGAGCUUCAGCCGCAACGGGGAUCUGACCCGGCACCAGCGCAUCCACACCGGGGAGCGGCCCUUCGCCUGCGCCGACUGCGGCAAGUGCUUCAGCCACAACGGGGAGCUGAUCAAGCACCAGCGCAUCCACACCGGCGAGAAGCCCUUCACCUGCACCGAGUGCGGCAAGAGCUUCAACCGCAAGGGCACCCUCAUCACCCACCAGCGCAUCCACACCGGGGAGCGCCCCUUCGUCUGCGCCGAGUGCGGCAAGACCUUCAACCUGAAGACCACGCUGAUGAAGCAUAAGCGGAUCCACACGGGGGAGCGGCCCUUCACCUGCGUGGAGUGCGGCAAGAGCUUCAAGUACAAGGGCAACCUGCGGACACACCACCUCACCCACACGGUGGAGCGGGUCUACCCCUGCACCGAGUGCGGGAAGAUCUUCAGCCACAAGAAGGAGCUGACGGUGCACCAGGCCGUCCACACGGAGGAGAGACUCUUGUCCUGCUAUGGAGACGGGGAGUCGUUCAACCCCUUCCUCCAGAUGCACCCGCUCCUACUGUCUGUGCCCCAAGCCAAGUGCCUCUGGAAGCCGUAACGCCAUGUACGUAAGGCGGGAGUUACAGAAAUGCUACGUCCCCUGAGCAGGAGCAGAGGAGGAACAAUGCUGUAAUUUAGGAUUUGGACAUGCCGUGGUGCUGUACAGUGUGCUGAUGAAAUAACCGGCUCCCUGCCACAGGGAGCAACCAGGCUGAAGGCCUGCGCCGACGAACCAACCGUGCAUCCCUAAGGAAAACCCAACUGCACAUUCCCUACACAACGCAGCUCCAGUUCAAAUGCACACGCAGGCUCGAGUCUUGCCCUGAAGGAUGCCAAAGCUGUUGUACUAAUUCCAUUUGCUGGGUGGGAAAUACCCCCAGAGGUGCUAGAGAGAACGUCUGACACGGGGGAUGGGAGAUUUCUGGGAAGGGACCUGUGGUUUAUGGAGCAGCGCUUGGAAAUGACACGGCCUGGGUUAACCGAUGUGGGAUCUACAUCUUACUACUGAGAGGAGCUGUCGGUGCUGGCAGGACUCUCCAGCCGGUUCCUGUGUGGAGCAAACAUAGCAGCGGUGUUCUGGCGAAGGCCAGUGGUUUCUCAGGGUGGGGGGUGCUGUGCUGUGUGGUGGUGUUAGGUCAGGCCCAGUGGGUAGUUGGGGGGUGGGCGAGGCUUUGCUACUGCGCUGUGGUUAUGGCUUAUGCCAGCAGCUCCUCAGUGGAACUACUGGACAGACCUGACGGACGGCGCCUGUUCCAGCCGGGCCGGUGACAGUCUGGGAAAUGAAAGAAAAUCUCAGUUGAGUGUGGACUUGAGAACUCCAGGUGCAAGGCCCUGGAGCAAUAAUUACUGUAGUGCUGUUUACUCUCUCUUCUCUUACUGACUCUAUUUACUCACCAGGAGUGUGCACUGGGCUUCACAACCGAGUACGGCCUGAUCCCUGACCUGAGAGGUGACCAUCUCACGGAGACCACCUAGCGAUCUUACAGCGAAUCACAGAGUCGUAGGGUGGGAGGGAUCUCGAGAGGUCAUCUAGUCCAGUCCCCUGCACUCACGGCAGGACUAAGUAUUAUCUAGACCAUCCCUGACGGGUUUGUCCAACCUGUGCUUAAAACCCUCCAGUGCCAGAGAAUAGUUACAGCUGGAAAAGACCUAUUGGUCAUUUUGCACAUUCCUAGCCAAUGCAGGGUCGGUCUCUACUCUGUAUGUUCUAGGAAUGUGUCCAGCCUAUUGUUAAACGUCUCCAGCGAUGGGUCUUCCCUCGCUCCCUUGUGAGGUCUGUGCACGCUCCAAUAGACACUAACUACUUCUCAUCUUGUAUAAAAGGACUUGGGUUUAGUUGCUAGUUUGUAGUUAGGAAAAGGGUCAUUUUAAAGUUAACAUUUGUCGUUCUCCGUGUGGCUAUCCUAGAAUCCUAGUCGUUAGAUUUGGAAAAGAACUAAUAAGUCUUCUAAUAAAAUCUAGUACUUCUCCCUGCCA